UGGCGAAACUGCAAGCAAAGUUAACUCCACACGCUUUAUUUGUACUACAGAUUCACAGCCUUCUUCCUAAAACGCUCCCUUCUCUUUUAUUAUUAUUAUUAUUAUUAUUAAAAAAAAUCAGUUCCAACGCUACCCCAAAAUCGCACCUUUAUACCCUCUCACUGCUAUAAGCAUCAGCUUAAGCUCUUCAACCCCACAGUGCUUGAGCCAAAGCUUCUUCGUUUCUACUGUAAACUCAUUCUCUCCCUUCUUGUUUGGCUGUCUUCUUCCCUGCUCCUCACAGUAAGUUUCGCUACAAGCUAAACAAUGCAAGAUUGAGGAAUUUAUGGCAGCUUUCGCAUAGAAGCUCGUGUGGGUCAUCAUCUGUAAGCCUUAGAAGAAACACCCAUUUGGUGUUUUCUUCUAUCAUCUCUUUGUAAGAUCCUUCAUUCCAUUUCUGCAGCAUAGUUUGUCUUUUAAGUUCCUCUUCUAGCUCCUCUCCAAAGCGAGGAGUGAUAGUAUGAAAUGUCUCUGCUUCCAGACUCAGGGUCUUCGUUAAGCUUCCAAAAUUUCCUCCAUACGAUGCGAAAAAUCCUUCUCUGAUUUCUCAAGCUACUCGAAAGCUUCUUACUUCUCAGAGCAACAGCUUUUCCUUCUUCAGCUAAAACAAAAAAUGGAAGACAAAUAAACAAGUUUGAUUUAUUUUAUUUUUUUUAUUUGGAAUCCCAAGAUAUCUCCCCUCCUUUCUACUUUCUUAUCAUUUUAUUAGUCCUCUCCCCUUGCUUUUGGUCUCUCCAGCUCAUUAAAGAACAGUUUUCAUAUUAUAUUAAAAAAAAUCCGAAAGAAAACACAAAAGGAGCACAAGGAUUGAGGGGGAGGGAAGAAGAGAAUGGAUCUUUCUGUGCAUGAAGGAGAGAUCCCAAUCCCAAUAAGCAGCAACUAUGUUGGUGGGAGUGGAAGCCAUAUACAGAGCCAAAGCCACAACUCCCUUCCAUUCCACCACCAUCAUCCUUCCAAUGUCCCAUCUCUCCCUCUUCAAACUCCUACUCCACUCUCCUCCUCAUCUCCAUUUAACAGCAAAAAGACCAUGUCUGUCAAGUACAGAGAAUGCCUCAAGAAUCAUGCAGCCUCCAUUGGUGGAAACGCCACCGAUGGCUGUGGAGAGUUCAUGCCAAGUGGAGAAGAAGGCACACUCGAAGCUCUCAAGUGCUCAGCUUGCAAUUGUCACAGGAACUUCCACAGGAAAGAGAUUGAUGGAGAUCAGUCACCCUCUUGUGCACAGUGUUUCAACUUCAAAGAAGGCAGGAAGUUCAUUAGCCAUAGGAACGCAUUUGGGUACAACCCAACAGGAAAUAACCUCAUCCUAUCAAAGCAUUCUCCUCAUAACCAAAUGAUCAUACCUUUUAGUUCAAUGCAGACCUCAGAAUCUGAUGAAAUGGAAGGAAGGUUUCCUCCUCCCAUGGUGAUCAAGAAAAGGUUCAGAACAAAAUUUACUACAGAACAGAAGGACAAGAUGCUGUGUUUCGCUGAGAAAGUUGGGUGGAAGCUACAGAAGCAAGAGGAGAGUGUGGUGCAGGAGUUGUGCAAUGAGAUUGGAGUCAAGAGAAGAGUUCUCAAAGUUUGGAUGCAUAACAACAAGCAUAACUUGGCUAAGAAGACCAGCAACCUUCAGCUGGAGUGAAGUACUACUACAUUUACUACUGAAGAUCUAAGAUUUUAAUUUUUCCUAAUUGAUGGUUCAAUAUCAGGUGGCUUAGAUGCUUAGAUGACAAAACUUUUAUCUUCUCUUUCAGUUCCAAAAUCUUUCUCUUGCGAAAUUUUGCAUCUCCAUUGUUAUAAAUUGACAUAGUUGUCUAGAUUUAGGGUCUUUGCUUUGGUAGGAGCUCAGGCAUGCGCUUAUGAUCUUAUCUCUCUCUCCCCUCCUCACUUUUUUUCUUUUUAUUUUUAAAUAUGUCCAGUGUCAGGUGGUUCAGAGAUAGGCUUUAGCUAGCUGUAGAGCCCUUGAACUGAUUUACUUUGCUACUUACUACUUAUUUAUGCUCAAGUGAUGGUGCUUAUUAAUGGUCAUUAAAGCUUAUUGCUUGAUAUACUCUAGUGUUUAGAAGUAUAAUUUCCAGUGCUUUCUGGUUCUAGUUUUAUCUAGUAAUUUAUUAUUCUCUGUAAGGGAACAGUUAAGGAAAUGACAGUAAGAUUGUCUUCUUU